UUGUAGGUUAACGUUUGAGCAUAGUGUUGUGUUUCUCUUACUGUUAUUUUUUCUCCGCCUGCGAAGUCGUUAUGGCAAAUUUAAAAGAACAAAGAGUGUGUUUGAAAUUUUGUUUCCUGCUUGAAAAAUCGGCAACGGAAGCUUACCAAAUGUUGCAACAGGCUUUUAAAGAGGAUGCUAUGAGUCGCAUACAAGUUUUCGAGUGGUUUGAGCGCUUUAAACGUGGUGAGAAGAGACAGGCGUGAGUUGAUUUGUUCCUUCAUCACGACAACGCAUUAUUUGGCCUCUCGGGGAUGGCCUGUUGUUCCCCACCCUCCGUAUUCACCAGACCUAGCCCCGUGCGACUUUUUUCUGUUUCCGAGAAUGAAGAAAAAUCUA